AUGGAUUGUAGGAUACGGGUGUCUUCUGAGAAAGAGAAAGGCUUAGGCUGCUAUCAGAGGCGUGCACAGAGGCAGUGGCCCGCACAAGGGCAACACGAAAGGAUAAUAGGUGGCUCGGUAACCAGUAUUAACACGUAUCCGUUUGCCGCAUCUCUUCAAAUCAAUCUGGACGGUAGCCGCUUUGUCCACCAUUGUGGUGGUACGAUCAUAAACAAUAGAUCUAUACUCACGGCGGCUCACUGUUGGCGUGAUGUGGCAUCAAUGUGGCGUGUGCGUGUCGGCUCAACCAACGUAAGCAGCGGUGGCAGACUUCACAACGUGGCCCAACUUAUCCGCCACCCGCAGAACGUUGGUUCGUGGAGCCAUGACAACGAUGUGUCCAUAUUCAGAUUGGCAACCACCAUCCCACUUGGGUCCGCGACGUUGCGGGCGGCGGGUUUGGCUGGGCCCAACCUUCCUCUACACGACCACAUGAAUGUUUUCGCUAUCGGCUGGGGAUUUACAACUCGAACUGGAGGUCUAUCUGAGUCGUUACGUCAUGUUCAACUCCGGAAGUUCACCCAGGCUAGAUGCCGAAGCUCCUAUGGCACGAGUUUUAUCACCGACAACAUGCUGUGCGCUGGCUGGGAAGCUGGAGGCCGGGGCUCCUGCUUCCACGACUCUGGAACUGCUCUAGUCGCACAAAAUGUGGUGGUGGGCAUCACCAGUUUCGUCGGUGAUUGUGGUCAUUCCAACUGGCCUGGCAUUUACACGAGAGUCGGCCGAUUUAUAACAUGGAUUGCAAAUAAUGCGUAA